AUGCAUCCACCAACACUUAUCUUUAACUCAACCCUCCUCAUUAUUCUUUUCCUCCUAACGUACCCCCUCAUCGUCUCCCUCAAUCCCAGCCCUCUUAACAAAAAAUGAGCGACCACCCAUGUUAAAACCGCAGUUCAAACGGCCUUCUACAUCAGCCUGCUCCCCCUCGCAAUAUUCUUUGAUCAAGGCAUAGAAACCAUCACCACCAACUGACACUGAAUAAACAUCGCCACCUUCAACAUCAACGUCAGCUUCAAAUUUGACCAAUACUCAAUUAUUUUUACACCCGUCGCCCUCUACGUUACAUGAUCAAUCCUAGAAUUCGCUUCAUGAUACAUACACUCAGACCCCAACAUAAACCGAUUCUUUAAAUACCUACUCUUAUUCUUAAUCGCCAUAAUUACCCUAGUCACAGCUAACAAUAUAUUCCAACUAUUCAUCGGCUGAGAAGGAGUAGGCAUUAUGUCCUUCCUGCUAAUCGGAUGAUGAUACGGACGUGCAGACGCCAACACUGCCGCCUUACAAGCCGUCAUCUACAACCGAGUAGGAGACAUUGGACUAAUCCUAAGCAUGGCAUGAUUUGCAAUAAACAUAAACACUUGAGAAAUCCAACAAAUAUUCGCCUCCUCCCAAGACAACCCGGCAACCCUGCCACUCAUAGGCCUAAUCCUUGCCGCCACAGGAAAAUCAGCUCAAUUCGGCCUCCACCCCUGACUCCCUUCAGCAAUAGAAGGCCCCACACCGGUCUCUGCCUUACUACACUCCAGCACUAUGGUUGUAGCCGGCAUUUUCCUACUAAUCCGACUUCACCCCUUAAUAGAACACAACCAACUUGCGCUAACCACCUGCCUGUGCUUGGGAGCCACCACCACCCUAUUCACCGCCGCCUGUGCCCUCACUCAAAAUGACAUCAAAAAAAUCGUAGCAUUUUCUACAUCCAGCCAACUAGGCUUAAUGAUAGUCACCAUCGGCUUAAACCAACCCCAAUUAGCUUUCCUACACAUUUGUACCCACGCAUUCUUUAAAGCAAUACUAUUCCUAUGCUCCGGAUCCAUUAUUCACAGCCUAAACGACGAACAAGACAUCCGAAAAAUAGGAGGCCUCCACACCAUACUUCCAUUCACCUCAACCUGCCUCACCAUUGGCAGCCUAGCUCUCACCGGAAUACCAUUCCUCUCAGGAUUCUUCUCAAAAGACGCUAUUAUUGAAGCUCUUAACACAUCUCACCUAAACGCCUGAGCCCUUACCCUGACCCUUAUUGCCACCUCCUUCACAGCCGUGUACAGCUUCCGAGUCAUCUUCUUCGCCUCCAUAGGAUCCCCCCGAUUCCUACCCCUAUCCCCCCUCAACGAAAACAACCCAACAGUAAUCAACCCAAUCAAACGACUUGCCUGAGGAAGCAUCCUCGCCGGACUAUUCAUUACCUCCAACUUCCUUCCAACAAAAACACCAAUCAUAACCAUACCCACAACCCUCAAACUAUCCGCACUACUGGUGACAACCUUAGGACUUCUCAUAGCCCUAGAACUGACAAAUCUGACAAACAAACAACUAAAAAUCACCCCAACCCUCCCCCUCCACAACUUCUCCAACAUACUAGGAUAUUUCCCAUCAAUCAUCCACCGACUAGCCCCAAAAAUCAAACUAAACCUAGGACAGACCAUAGCAACCCACCUGAUCGACCAAACAUGACUAGAAAAAAUAGGACCAAAAGGAGUCACAACCAACCAAAUCCCAAUGAUUAAAGCCACAAACAAUAUCCAACAAGGCCUAAUCAAAACAUACUUAACAAUUUUCUUCCUGACCACUGCACUGUCAAUUCUCCUCAUUACACUAAUUUAG